GUGCAGCGUAAAGAGCCAAACGAGAACUCCACAAUCCGAGCACGAUGGCGUCCGGCGGAAUUAUGCACCCAUAUUAUAUAGCAAGCCAGAGACAGAUACAGGCGGCGACUCCACAUUCUGUGUCAAUCAGCAGAGUUUUACCCAGGUCGAUAAUGAAUGUAGCUCGCAUGGGAUCGUACGAUAGCUUUGCGAGUACGCGAUCGAGUUCGACCAAUGUAUAUUCAGAUACGUGCAGCGAUGAGGAUGUCGAAUCAGUCGACUCUGGGAUGGAGGAGCAUGAGAUGGCCAACGAAAUGGAACACAACCACAGCCAAGAUCAACCCCUUCACUCAAAUGAAAGUAUGAAUAGCAUAUUGGCUUUCCGAUGUGAGAAAUGUGGAAAGAAGUACAAACAAAGAAACUCUUUAUUUAAACACCAGUGGGAGCAUAGUGAAUUCUGGGAGCCAACUGCCAGAAAAUUCAAUAUGAGCAAACAUCAACAGGUUCAAGCUAUGCAGGCAGCAAUGCAGCUGAUGAACUUCUCAAGCGCUGGAGAGUAUGAUUGGACUAAGGAACUACCUGAAGUUCGAUUCUUAGAUCUGAAAUGAUUUGAUGGAGAUGAACGUUAAGUCGCGGACACCCGCACAAUCCUCCGACACUCAUCAUUCAAAUCGACUGCCGACAUAGAAGGCUGAAACAGCAUGUCAUACAAAUACUGUUAAGCUGUUGUUUAGCUCAGAAGACGAGUUGAGACUAGUAUGAUUGUUUACGUUUAAACAAAGAAUCCAAAUUAGCGAUAUGUUGUGCGGCACUUAGUACUAUUUGAAAUGAUUUUGAACAUAGAAAAAAAGAUCCGCAAGCAUACACACGAUAUGCUCAAGGACUAAUAUAAUGCAUAUAUAUAUUAUAUUA